CUGUUAUCCUGGCAAGAAAAGGCUGGAAAUGAUCAGAGACCACUUCCAAGUAGGACUGAACUUCUCUGUCCAAGUGAUGACAGAGACGCUGGAGACGUCAUGGAAUGGUGUGUGUUCUGUCAGGGGCUCCUAGGAGGUAAUAGCAGCUGAUCCCUGAGUGAUGGCCGGAGCCUGUCAGAUCCAGGGCUGCUGCACUGGCCGUGAGGAAUUCUCCUGCUGACCUGCUCUUUUCAGAACUUCUGGCCCCGGAAUAAGCUGUGUCUCUGCCUCUGGAAGCUUGACUUCUUUUUGGGUUGGCCGUCUGAUUGCUGAUAAAAUCAUCUGAACAUGUCUUUUAUUACAGUACAGUUGGGGCAAUGUGGCAAUCAGAUUGGCUAUGAGUUAUUUGAUGUGAUUUCUAAUGAUAUACACAGCAAUGGACUGUGCACCAGAAAGGAAAAUGAGCUUUAUCAAGCAGCAUCUAAGGAAAGAUUCUUUGAUGAGACAGAAUCUGGAGACUUUGUUAGCCGCGCAGUGCUUCUUGACAUGGAACCCAAAGUAAUUUCUCAGACUCUAUCAAGGGCAACCCAUUCCGGUAAAUGGAGGUAUAGUGAGAAGUCACAAUUUUCCCAGAAGCAGGGGUCCGGAAACAACUGGGCAAAUGGAUACUAUGUGCAUGGACCAAAGCAUAAGGACUUCAUCAUGAAUUUGGUCAGAAAGGAAGCUGAAAAAUGUGAUCGAUUGAGUGGCUUCAUCACAAUAAUGAGUAUGGCGGGUGGCACUGGCUCCGGUAUGGGGACCUUCGUCACAAGAUGUUUACGUGAUUUCUACCCCAACUCCCUAUUACUCAAUGAAGUUAUUUGGCCUUAUGGAACGGGAGAGGUUAUUGUUCAGAACUACAACUCCAUUUUAACACUUUCCCACCUCUAUGAAUCCUCUGAUGCUCUGUUGGUUCAUGAAAAUGACAUUAUUCACAAGGUGUGCUCUCAACGGAUGAACAUCAAGCAGAUAUCAUUCCAGGAUGUAAAUAAAGUCAUUGCACACCAGCUUGGCAGUGUAUUUCAGCCUGCAUACACGGCAGAUGGAGCCUUGCACUACAGUAGAAAUCCUCUUGGGGAACUAAUGGAGAGUCUGGUUCCACACCCAGAAUUCAAACUGUUAGGUCUUGGUAACAUUCCUCAGAUGUCUGAACACUCCCUGGCGUAUAGUACAUUUACUUGGCAUGGCCUCAUCAAACAUCUGAGACAAAUGCUCAUUGCUAAUGCAAAAAUGGAAGAAGGCAUCAACUGGCAAGUUCAACUACCAUCCAAGCUAGCAUCAGGAAGAAACUCUCUGGCAGCUGAAUUGCAGUUCAAUAAAUCUGUGGCAAACCUUGCUAUGUUUCGUGGAAAGGAUAUCGAAGAAGCAUCUCCUGAGGGCUUCAGAGAACCAGCAUUGUAUACUUCCUGGCUGCCACCGGAUAAUUCAUUUAGUAUUUGGAAAACACCAAGAGCUUUCAACAAAUACGAGAAGUCUGCUACUUUAAUGAGCAAUAGUCAAGGCCUGUUGAAGCCAUUGGACACCAUUGUUGGAAAAGCAUGGACCAUGUUUGCUUCAAAAGCAUAUGUUCACCAAUACACAAAAUAUGGCAUUGAAGAAGAAGAUUUUUUGCAGAGCUUCACGACACUUGAACAAAUUAUUUCCAGUUACUCCACUUUAUGAGCAGAGUCGGUGCAACCCGGCUGUAGGUGCAUUUUGGCGCCCCCAGGACUCAUACAUAAGGCCGUUACUGUCCAGAUGUCACAGUUUAGUGUGAGUUGACAGCACCCGGGGCAAGGCAAAGUAUUGUGUACACGCACUUUUACUACCUGUCUUCGGAGCAAAGCUGCUUCACCCUUGGAGACCUGCGGGAAUGAUGGCCCGCACCAUCAAUUACUGACUGAGACAGGAUCUUCUCCUCAGCCAGUGAUUGACUGAAAAGGUUGUCACCACCCUGCAUGUUUGCUAAGGUGUGGGCCACUCUGCUCUGAGGAUCAGUAAGUAGCUGGACCCCAUUCUGAAGAUCGCUGGGGGCCCUAGUGGCCAGACUCCUCUGUAAUCAGUUAUUAAUCCCUUAUGCUAAGGAUAGAGGAUAAGUGUAGUUCCCCAGACUACCCCCUUUAAAGCACUAUUCCCAAGUUUCAAGCCUGUGCGAUCUUUAGCUCCAGUGUGGGGAGAUGCAGGUCAUGCUGGAGAGUACAGUUGCCGAGACAACCGUACCACACUCAGCGAAGUUUUGCCCUCUAGUCCCAUUCAUUGGAAAAGGGCCUGUGCACAAACCUUUACUGAGAGUGGUACAGAUGUCUAGGCAACUGUACUGUCCCACACUGAAGCUGAACAUCGAGCAGCCUGAUGUGUGCCCUAAGUGUGUGCAAGACCACCUAGCAUUCCAGAAUGUGUUACACUGUACAUUAGGAUGUGUACACACUGUGCAUUUACCCAUUCCUAUCCCUCAUUCAGAGCUGCCAGCAUCAUAAUGUAAGUAAUGCUGCGCAUCCUACAGGAUGUGUGCCAGGCCGCUAGAAGGUGCUGGCAACGUGGGCAGUGCUUUUGACUCUCUAAUUGGUCUCCCACAUGACCUCUACCCCCAACAAGGUAGACUUUGGACUAGCUAACUUACACUACCCCAGUUAUUUCUUUUCACUCCUGUUGCCACCAGUGCACAGAAGGAAGAGGCAGAGGCAAGCAGCUAGAGGGCUUCUUCUGUGCACCAUGAGAUUCCAGUUCCCUGCACCUGUACAAUAUUCGCCACUCAUUUUAAUUUCUAAGGUGGAGGAGUGGGAACAUUGUACGAGGCCUAGACCAUUUCUAUUACCUUCAGAUUUAGUCCCCCCCCCCCCCCAAAAAAAAAAAAUAACAAAAAUAACUGAGCACUAAGGCAGCUGCCUAAGCUACCUUAUGGUAGCGCCUGCCCUGUUUAAGAGUACAGUAUUUUAUUUAUUCUGCUGAUGCAACAUCUACAUGUUUUAUAGCACAAUCUGCUGUUCCAGUAUAUAAGUAGCAUCCUUUUUAUGAGAGAUGGGUAUAUUUAUAAUAAAUAUUUAUUUUUCAUUUAUUUUAUUUUUUUAACUGUAGGUUUUAUGGAAAGAUUUUCAAUUACAAUAACAGAAUAAAGCAUAGAAAGCCCACCACAAAAAGGAUGGCAUCAAAAUGAGCAACAUGGGAUACAUAAGUGUAGAAACUAUGUAACACAGCAUUUCUGCAUAUCCUGAGACUAAUAAGUAGCAAUAGCACUAAUAUGAACACGACAGAUACCAAUAAUAAAAAUAACGAAAGGUAAAAAUCAGAGAACACACAUAAGAAAUCCAAAGCAAGGGGCGGUAGUGCUAUAAAACCCAAUAAAACAGUAUACAAAAGAUACAUACCCCAAAACAGAAAGAAAAAAGGGGAUGAGAACACAGAGAAAACAAACACAAAGACAACAUAGAAGACAAGGGGAGGGAGAGAAGGCUCAUUGGGGAGCUGAAUCCACAUAAUGGUCGAAAGGCUCCCACACUGUGGUGAACAGAGGAAUUGUGUUAUUUAGGAAGGCUGUAAGCAGCUAAGGAGCAGAAAUCCCUAGGGGCUUUCCUCUUCCAUAACUUCACCACCAGCAUCUUGGCAGCCAAUAGAAUAUGGAGAAAAGGUUUUAAAUGGCUUUUUCCCCAGAUUCCUAGGCAACAGAUGCAGCGGGUAAAUCAGGGGGUCCAGUGGGAUAGAGACAUGAAGCAAAUCUGAAGCCAGAUGUCCGACCUCCAUCCAGAAAGGACCAAUAAGAGGACAACACCAGAAAAUAUGGUAAGUCGAACCGACCCCCCACCACAGUGCCAGCACUGGGAAGGGAUGGCUGGAUGCAGUCUAUGUAAAUGCUCAGCGGUGUGAUACCAACCCAUCAACAUCUUAUACUGGGUCUCCUUGUAAGCUGGGCAAAUAGAGGCACGCUCCCAAAUGACCCUCUACUGGGGAAGGGAUUUAUGUGGUUGAAGCACCUCCUCCCAACGGCCCAUAUACACGUGAGAAGGGGCAGAGCCCUCAGCAGGGGAGCUCAGGACUGAGUAAAUGUUACACAGGAGGCCCUGGCGACAUAAAUGCUCAAAGGCUGUCGGCAAAGAAACUACCAUCGAGCCAAGCUUAGAGAGCAUUUGAUGGAGCAUCUGCUGGUAAUGGAACCAUUCAGAGGAGGAGAGACCAUAUCUACACCCUGUUCCAAAUGAAUAUGAAAAUUCUAUUUAAGUGUCACAAAGAUUAAAUAUUUAGUUUUUUCAGUUUAACUCAUGAAUAGCAUUGUGUCUCAGGGCUCUUUUGAUCAAUGAAAACAAUCUCAGACACCUGGGAUAAUUAGGUGGGCCCAAUUUAAGGAAAAAACUACUAAAGGGGGUUGUUCCACAUUAUUAAGCAGAGACCCAUUUUCAAGCAAUAUGGGGAAUAAAAAGCAUCUCACUACUGAUGAAAAGAGUGAAAUAGUUCAAUGUCAUGGAUGAGGUAUGAAAACAUUAGAUAAUUCACGAAAACUAUUUAGAGAUUUGUGGCUGAUUCAGAGCACAGACGGGUUCCUGCAGAUAAUGGCACAUUGAGGAAGAUUUCUGCCAAAUCCAUGUAUCGGAUAAAGAGAACAGCUGCUAAAAUACCAUUACAUAGCAGCAAACAGCUAUUUGAAGCUGCUGGUGCAUCUGGAGUCCCAUGGACAUCAAGGUAUAGAGUCCUCCAGAGUCUCAUCAUGUCCCCCAUCAUUCCCCCUCAUCACCCCCCCCCCAACCUGUC